UGUUCUCAGGACACGAUUGAUGUAGAAAAGGACGCAAUGAACUGCGCCUCGUCCUUGCAGCAACCAUGUCCCUAGACAAUCCAGGAUCACCGAAUGGCAAUGGACCCUUGGCUAACUCCUAUCUCAUCGAUCCAUUAUAUGGCCGCCGUUUUACUGCCUUCUGGGUUGGACUAAGUGGCGUCUUUAUCGCCGCCUCUGUUCCUCGACUCUACCGCUCGAUUCGGAGUGGCCGUGCUGGGCAAGCGCUCGGUCUCCGCGAGAGUUCAAGUGGCUAUCAAUCACUCCCAGAGAAGCCAUCAUCAGAAUAUGCCUCAGAUCCGCGUCCUUUCCGCAAAGGGGUGAGGGCUUUGAGCUCAUUUUUCCUCAGUAAAUUCCUAUUUUCGGCGCCUAAAUCACGGAUCACCCUUGGCGAAGCGUUGAUCAUCACGAUUUAUUACGGCAUCCUUCUGCUCUGCCUUUUUCUGCAGUCUGAUCUACGGGUAAAUUCGAACCGAGGCGGCUUCAUGGCUCUGGCCCAGCUUCCUGCUGUGUUUGCUUUCGGCACUAAGAAUAAUCCGCUAUCAUUCCUACUGGGAGUUGGUUAUGAGAAACUGAACGUGUUACACCGAUGGUCGGGCCGCGGGGUUUGGUUAAUGGCAACAAUUCAUGGCUCGUUAUGGAUCAAUCAAUAUUUGCGAACCGGACAGAGCCAUUUCCUGAAAACAUCCAAGCCUUCGCUAGGGUUAGCGGCUUACGGGACUUUGUGUGUACUUGUUCUACUAAGUUUACGACCAAUACGCCAAACAUUCUACCAAGGCUUUUUUGUUUUGCAUGUGAUAACGUUCAUCACGUUCUUCAUCAUAGUUUGCUAUCAUACUCCGUACGCUCGGCCCUGGGUAUAUCCCCCAAUCGCAUUCUACGCUACCGAUCUUACUCUUCGACUAUUCCGCUACCGUAUCAAGGAUGCCGUUCUCGAGUCCAGAGGUGAUCAAAUGACGCUCAUCCACGUCCCUGACGUGUCGGGCGGUUGGAUUGCUGGUCAGCACGUCCAAUGUCGCGUCUUUUUUGGCGCCCGCUUUUACGAAUCGCACUCUCUUACCAUUUUAAAUGCUCCCCAGUCUAUCUCGGCUAUUUCUUCGUCUUCGGAUGGAGAAGUUAGUUCUGGAACAUACUCCGGAGGGAUAACUCUCGCUGCUAGAGUCUGCGGUGAUUGGAGCAAGUCUCUCAAUGAAUUUGCGCAAUCAGGCCAAGAUGGUAGUGGGACGGAGAGUGCUAUUGUGAUGUUGGAUGGUCCAUAUGGGGGCUCAGGGCUGGAUUUUGGAGAGUAUGAAAGUGUGUUACUUAUCUCAGGCGGUGCUGGCGUCACUUUUGCGUUGGGCGUCCUUGAUGACCUGAUAGGGAGGAUCGUCAAACUAGGGCGGCCUCAUGGCGAGAGGACUGAGCGUAUUGAGUUUGUGUGGUGCAUCCGCUCUUUCGGAACGAUUUUGUGGUUCGCCUCGGUGAUGAAUCACCUAGGGAGGGUUGCUGAAAACUCAUCGGUGGAGCUUUCCUUUAGAUUCUAUGUUACGUGCCUGUGUAACCCUGAGGCGAUUCCACCCAUCCCGAAUUCCGCGAUUGAAAUCGCUAAGCCUUCAGUGUCUAGUCUCCUAACCCCUCUGAUUGGCGUUACGAAAGGAGGCGGCGUGGGGGUCGCUGCCAGUGGACCCGAAAGUCUCACUUGCGCGGCUCAGAACGCCGUGGCGGGAUUAGGUUCCCCGGAAAUGGCUUCUGCAGGCGGCGUUGAUCUCCACACCGAGCUCUUUGCAUUGUAA